AGUUAGUCUCUGUAACAUCUUUUUCAAGCUAUACACACACCUGGGUUCCUCUGUGGCUAUGGAGAGCAAAAGCGGUACCCAAAAAAAUAUUGGCAAGCCAAUAAGAUGCAAAGCUGCAAUAUGCAGAAAAGCAGGUGAACCUCUUGUUAUUGAGGAAAUUGAGGUUGACCCUCCAAAAGCCUGGGAGGUUCGGAUCAAGAUUUUAUGCACUUCUCUGUGUCACUCUGAUGUAACCAUGUGGAAAAUAGACUCAGUUCCGGUUGCUAAAUUUCCAAGAAUUUUCGGACACGAAGCUGUGGGAAUUGUGGAGAGCUUGGGGGAGCAUGUGGAAGAAUUUAAAGAGGGGGACUUAGUGGUGCCAGUGUUCCUCGCUAACUGUGGGGAAUGCAUAGAUUGCAAAAGCACAAAAAGCAACAUUUGCUCCAAGUUCGGUAACCAGUUGAUCAAUAACAUGCCAAGAGACGGAACCAGCAGAUUUAGGGACGUGAAAGGAGAAUCGGUGUACCACUUUUUCUGUGUAUCUAGCUUCUCUGAAUACACCGUGGUUGACGUGACCCAUGUGGUUAAAAUUAACCAUGAGCUUCCUGUUGAUAAGGCUUGCUUGCUGAGUUGCGGUGUUUCAACAGGGGUGGGCGCAGCAUGGAAAGUGGCCAACGUAGAAGAAGGGUCAACAGUGGCUAUCUUUGGGCUUGGUGCUGUAGGCCUAGCUGUUGCUAUGGCAGCAAAGCAACGGGGAGCGUCAAAGAUCAUAGGCGUCGAUCUAAACCAUGCAAAAUUUGAAAUAGGAAAGAGUUUUGGAGUCACUGAUUUUGUGAAUCCCUCCACUUGCAAGGAGAAGUCAGUGAGCGAGGUGAUUAAGGAAAUGACAAAUGGAGGUGCUGAUUAUUGCUUCGAGUGUAUAGGCUUGGCGUCAUUAAUGGCAGAGGCUCAUAAUAGUAGCCGAGAUGGUUGGGGGAAAACAGUGAUAAUAGGGGUGGAAAUGCAUGGCUCGCCAUUGACUUUGAGUCCUUACCACAUAAUGAGAGGCCGAACUAUCACCGGAUCACUAUUUGGAGGCCUCAAACCCAAAACUGAUCUUCCCUUCCUUGCUAAGAAGUACUUGGACAAAGAGCUUAGCUUGGAUGGCUUCAUAUCGCAUGAGGUGGACCUGGAGGACAUUAACAAAGCUUUUGAGUAUCUCCAGGAAGGAAAGAGCCUCCGUUGCAUUAUAAGGAUGAAUCAUUAGCUAUCGUGCUUACAAUUCACUGUAACUCUCAUAAGCUUUUAAGUAUCUCAGGGAUGGAAAAGUCCCCAAUUGUUGUUAGCGUUCAACAAAUUUUAAC